AUGGUAUCGCUCUUUACACCUGUCGUGAGCCUUCUAUUGCUGUGGUCGAACGGAGUAGUAAGCCAUUACGAGAUCUCUCUUGAGGAGGCGAAAAAUCUCCUAAAAGAAGUUGAAGCUGCAAUAAACACUGGAAAGAGAAGUGCCUCGGAGUCAGAUGAUGCUGAGGAUGCGUAUAAUGCUAUGAUGGAGUUGCCAGACCAUCGGCGAACCAAACGACGCAUAAUUGAGAAGUCCCCAAAAAAAGCUCGAGCAAGUGAUUUGCAGGCAGAAGCUGGAACUAACCAGAUGCGUACAGGCAGGGAAGAGCCACCUCCCGAUGCAAGAGAUCCUUCACUGUCUUCUGUGGAUGAUACGGGACUCCUGUUUCCUCGUUCUUCAGAAAAAGAAAGAUCGAAAAGAGCAGUGAAGCAUAGGAAACCUCGUCGUGGUAGAAAGACUACAAAAGGCAAAAGACGGCCGCGGGAUACCGACGAUGAUGUACCAGCUGAAUCGAAUAUGACAGCAUCCAACUCCACUGAUUUGCUUGGCAAUGGUACUCAGGCUUCAGACUUGGACAAAGAGGAAAAAGAGGAGAACUCUGCCUUUUUUCAAAGUCUCAAAUUGAUCUAUUUUGAUGUCGUACUACUUUUGAUGGUUAUCUUCGCUUGUUUGUUUAUUCUUAAACGACGAAAAGCUCAUCGUAACCCUGAGUCGUCUAAUCAACGUACCAUCGAUCCUUCAGUUGGAUUUGAAAGACCGUCAUAUUGA